UGUAAAACAGGUUUCCUUAUGUAACAGACCUUUGAUAAAUACAUUGUAAACAAUGAUAACUUGUAUGACUGUUAUAUAAAUAAGGAAUAAUUUAAAAAUAAUAAAUAUGGGCAGUAACAUAACACCUUAUCAGCAAUUUUUCAAUAAGUAAAUAAAAUGAAUUUCCAGCUAGCUCUAUUACAUAUAAUCAUUUACUAAACAAAUUUUCAGAUUUUCAACAGUUCGCCAUCAAGGAAAUAUAAAAUUAAAUUGAUAAAAUAACAAGAGGCACAUUUAUAGAACAAUAACAUCAAACGUAAAAAUACCAUAAAAUCCACUAUAGUGUUACUACACUACAGCACAACAAUACAAGUUACAAUCAAAUUUCAAUGAAACAAAUCUAUGACACUUCUAUAAAUGUAUUGACAACAAUAAAUUUUGUUACACAAAAUUUUAUAUGACUAGUACUCACAAAUAUGUGUGCAAUGAACUUUGUGGAUGCUUAAAAUUUGGUAAAUUCAAAACUAUACUCAAUGGAUAAAGAUUGACUAGUUUUAUAAUAUAAUAAGUACGCCUCGUAAACAAGUAACAGUUAAUAGAAAAACAAUAUAACAGUAACAAAAGCUUUCGGACAUUGUACGGAAUGGUCAAUUAAUUAAUGAUCAACUUUCUUGUUUAUGUUACCUCCAAAAAGAAUUGUUGCACCAUCAGGAAUAUCUUUAAUCGCAUCUGUAGCUGAAUGAUAAACCUUUGAAGGACCUCUUGUUCGAGCAGGAACUUCAGAACCAUCAAUAUUUCUUUGUGUAGAAUAACAUAAUUGUACUGCCUGUAUAUCAUAAAAAAAAAAGUCAAUAAAACAAUAUAGAUGAAAAUUAAGGUUUUAUCUUCGGCUUAUCCAUCCAUCUUCAGAAGAAUUAGUUAAUUUUUAUAUGGAAUUGUCCAUAAGUCAUGUUACAAGAACUGUUCCACAUAAAAAUUAUCAUGUUAUCCUGAAAAUGAUUUCAAGUGGUCAAGUUUUUUUUUUAGUCUCAAGAAUUUAGACGAGGAUGGGUAUUAUAUAUUAAGUCAUUUAAGCAUAAAAAUGAAAUCAAUCUACUGUUGAAAUAUUUAUGAAGGAAAUUAUUUCAGUUAUAUAAUAAUAAAGUCAAACAAAAAAGUAAAUAAAUAAGUGCAGUAAUAAAAAAUGAAUGUAAAUUUUAAAACCUUUAUUAAUCAAAAUACAAUUAUCACCUUAUUAAUUAAAAAACUACUUCUCUUAUUCAAAUUUCGGUACCUUCCGCGACAAAGUACACCUAUCAAACCUUGCGUUAACGCCAUGUUUGAUACACAGCCACCUUGACCCUGACUACCCUACCACUAAAUUGCAAAACUUCAAAUUUAUAACUUUUCAAAUAGUAUUGGGUAUCUAUUGAUAAAGGAUGAACUAUAAACUUUUACUCCAUAAAUAUUUAAGAGUGGUCCAAAAAUGAAUUGAAUUUAAGAUGGGAGAGCGCAGCCUAUAAUUUUUCACACAAGAUAGAUGGGAGAGUUUUGUUUUACGAAUCUUUUUAGGCAAUGCCCAUCGCUUUUUUUUUUUUACUUGUCCCCUGUUUUAAUAAGUCUUAGAUGUGGGCGACGCUUCGGUUUGAAAUCUUAUUUUAUUCCUCUUUCUUUUUCGUUUAAGUUUUAAUAGUUUUCAAAUGCAAUUCAAAUAUCUAACCUACACCAGUGUUUAUAGAGCCGGUGCAUCUAUAGUUUAAUAUAAAGUUAAUUUUUCCUAUCAUUAUUGACUGACAGCGUCAGGAAUAUGUUUGAGGUGGACCUGGAAGCCAAUAAAGUACAAUUAAAAUGAGAAGACAGUGGUUUACUUAAAAUUUGAUAUCUCAGAUGGUAAGAUGGAAGUGGAUUUAGGAAAAGUAUGCCGCCUAUGUUUGAAGGGGAAUGAGGUACUUGCACCAAUAUUUAGUAAUCAGCAGAAUGGUGCUGGUAUAUCUCUUCCUCACCGCAUUAUGGCAUGUGCCCAAGUGAAGGUGAUUGAAGGAGAUGGACUGCCUCCGAAUGUUUGUACAUCUUGCCUUUCCCAGGUCGACCGAUCUUAUCAGUUCAAGAUCCUAUGUGAGCGCUCAGAUUCAACUCUUCGAGGAAACUUUAAGAGUGAAGGAAUAUCUGAUGAUGAGUGUUCCGAUAAUGGUGAAGGAUGGGACAUGACUAAGUUUACACCAGAAGUAAUCAUCAAAGAAGAGGCUGAUGAAAAUAACCUUUCUAUGAAUGGAAGUGUUGAAGAUGGUGGUUAUUAUGGUGCUUUGACUGGAGAGCAGGAACAAGUUAUAAUGAGAAUACCCCAAGCUCCAGGAGCCCUAGCAGUAGAUCUCCGUACUGCUGGAGAGGGUUUGAUGCUUAAUGGGCUUGUCUUCCCUAUCCCUGCCCCGAUGCCCUCCAUACCACCACCAGGCCCUAGUUCCAACCGAUCUAGAAGAUGUCGAGGUGGAGAUAAACUGUUCAAGUGUAGGCAGUGUAAUAAGUCUUAUUCAUUCUCAUCAGCAUUGAGCCGUCACAAAGCUGUUCAUAAUACUGCUCUUCGUCCACAUGUUUGCCAGAUAUGUAAGAAAGGAUUUACAGAUCUUGAUAAAUUAAUGAGGCAUGAAAAAACUCACACAAUGGAUAUCUUAAUGACUUGUGAUCUCUGCCGUCGACAAUUCAAGUCAUUUACUGCUUUCCAGAAACAUAGGGUAACUGGUGUUUGUACUGACGUGCCCGACGAAGAAGGAGAUCAACCACCAUCCCCAUCACAGUCGCCCCCCGCUCCGCCUCAACCCCCUCCUGAGCCAUCCCCACCUCCUCCACAGGCUCCCAUCCCUCCCCCUCCACCUUCAAGGCAGAACAAGGGGAAACCUGAGUUCAAGUGCCCUGUUUGCCUCAAGAACUUCGCUACCCGUGGGUCUCUAGAUGUUCACUCCACUAUCCAUACAGGAGUUCGCCCAUUUGUCUGCUCUGUUUGUCACAAAUCAUUUAGACACAAGGUUAAUUUAAUGGAACACUUUCAACGGAAACAUUCUCAGGUUCGGCCUUAUAUUUGUGAUGUGUGUGCAGCUAGGUUUGUUACUAAGCAAGAACUCGUUAGACAUUACAGAAAACACAUUGGUGACUAGAAUAGCAUAAAAGAGUGGGUCGAUAAAUACUUUGUAUACGAAAAACCGCUCAAGGAUUUGUUUUGUGAUGCGGUUUCUUUUCGGAAGCACCCGAAUUUUAUUGAUGAAAAUAUUGUACCUUUGGUAUACAUGUUUUAUUUAUCUUUUUAUCAAUUUAUGCCAACAUUUGGCAUAAUCUAUUGAUUUAUUUUUAUUUUUAUUAUUUUUUUUUUUACCUACUAUAAGAGGAUACUGUGUGAAAUGAAAAAUGUAGUGCGAACAUAUUUUAUUUGUUAAUUUAAUUUAUUUUGAUUUUAAAUCAGGGAUAUCUUAAUGUUUGGGGCCCUACCUUCGAUAUUUGAGGAAGGUAUUAUUUGUUUGCACAAGACACAUCACUCAUUCUGUUUACCUGUAAAAUUUUUUUAAUGAUACCUCCUUUAAGCAUUUUAAAUAUCAAUCAAAACCGCAGUAUUUAUUUCAUCACUCAGGUGGUAAUUAAUUUAAUUUUUAAGUUUUUUGUUUGUUUAUUUUUUUAAUGAAACGUGAGAUUUUUAAAAAUUUUAAUCCACCGAAAGGCUGUAAAAUUUUAUAAUGACAGGCCUAUUGAUAGUUAGACUGCCUUCUGUAGAUGUAAUAACUCUUAGAGAAGCUAGAUUACUAUUAUCAUAUAAUAUUAUAAGAGGAUAGUUUGCAUGGUAAAAUAACAUGAGCCUUGUAUAUACUGCAUGAUAAUUAGGAAUAAUAGGAGUAGGUUUAGAAUUUAAAUAAGAGAUUUGUUUUAUUUUUUGUUUGAGAAAACUUUGCUUCUUCGAUUCUCAGUUAGUAUGUUUUUGUGAAAUUCAAAUAUUUUGUUUUUUACUUUAAGUUUUAUUAUUCUAUUUAAUUAUCGAUCUAUAUUAUUUGUAAGAUUAUAUUUUAAAUAAUUAGCUGGAUCACAAGAUCAUUAUAUUGAUUGAAUCAAUAAUUUGCAAAUGCUUUAGUAUCUAAAUUUAACUGAGGAUUUGACUAUCAGUAAAAUUUUAACUCUACAGAAAUAUUUAUUUAAUAAAGAAAUUUUUCUUCUUGAAGAGUCAAGAUACAUACUACAAUACAUACUGCCACUCAUAAAUAAGCUUAUGGAUUCCAUAAAGUUUUCAUAACUUUCCUAUGUUUUAAGUAUGCUAGUUAUAGCUUACACGUGAUAUGUAUUUUUGUGGGUAUUUUCAUUUACGUAAACAGAAAAAUUCACUACCAUCUGUAAUCAAAGUAGAUUAGGUAGUAAACAGUUGCAGAGGAUCUUAUUCAGAAGAUGUUUUUUUGACUUCCGCCUAGGUCAGUUAAUGUUUAUUUUGUUGCGUUACUGCAAAAUGAGUCUUUAAAUUCCCACUUUGGUUAGACCUGGAUAAGGUGGAAACCUUUAACUAUAAACUGUUAGGGAUUGACAUAAUGAAGUAUAAAUCUCACUUGCCAUGCUGAAUUCCCACCUCAAAUACUAGCACCCGCUGCACCAGGGAUCGACAGUGCCUUAAAAUUUUCAUUGUAAGAUCAGUCUGAUUAUUGAGUACCCUUCCUUUCUCAUUAAUUUGAAUAUUGGUUAUUUCACUUUUUCAUAAUAUCUUCUUUACUAUUUAACCAUAUAAGAAAACAAGGACUUUAAAAGAUUAUUUUAGUUAGGUAUUGUUAUGGCCAUAGGUGGAUGUUGAUAGGUUGUUAACUGUUGUCUUGGCUUCAAGUAGUUAAAUAUGUUAGCUAUAUGUUGAAUUAUACUUUAGGGACAUUACCUUCAUUGAGGUAAUGCAAGUAGGUGAAUUGUGCCAUUUUUCUUAAUUUGUAAGAAACAAUCGCUGAAUCUCCGCUAACUUGGAUUGUGUGUACAACUUGGGCUAUCCUAAUGAACCUUUUUUUAUUUUUUUAAAUUACUAGUUUGAAGGUGUGCUACUCUUGACUACAUCACAUCUCAUUCUUCUUCUUGCUCUCUAGUACAGUCAGCGUGAGGUACUUUUCUCAACCUGCUCAUUUUUGGAUACCUGUCUCCUAUCUUUUCUCUGACAUAAUAUAUUUGCCAUAUAUUCUUUGAUAUGGUUCAGAGUCAUCUCACUGGCUGCUUCCCCCUCUUUAAUGUAUCAUUUAAUUAAAUUAUCAUCAGACUUGUUAAUUAUGCCAUUUCAAGAAUGCUCAUAUUGCCAAAAUCUUCGUAAAGAGCUACUAAAGAGAGAAGGACAUUAUUCUCUAUUUUAACGAUUUUAUUUCUUAUCUUCUUGCUAACUUUGUCAGACAGGUCUAAUUCACUGCAUUUUUAUUACUUUUGCUAGAUGACGGUGGUUUCACUCUCCAUCUUAUGUGAAUAACCUUUAUUAGCCAUUAAAUUAAUUAAUCAAUAGCGAAAGUAUACUAAGUGAUAUGCAUUAAACCUGUGUUAAGUAGACAUUACUUUAUUUGUUUCUUGAAAUACUGAAUAUGCGGAUUAUUUCUUAGGUGGGCAACCUUUUUACCAUUAAGGCCACAGUAAGGUUAGGCAGUGCUAAUGGAGGACAAUUAUUCAUAUUUUACUGUUAUUUUUAUUUAUCACUAAAUACACAUACCCGUAUACAUACAUUCAACUUAAAUCUAUUAAUUUCCAAAUUUUUAUAACUUAAAUAAUUAAAUAUUAAUUAAUUCCAGCACUAGAUUAAUAAAUAUCGCACACAAAUGUUUGGAGGCCACAUGCGGCCUCUGCGGCCACAACUAUGUCACGGAGGCCGCUGUUCCCCACCUGUGGCUUAGUUCAAAGCUAUUUAGUGUUUGAAUGCAAAAAAUAUAAUAAUGAUUCACCAUAAAUAUUUCUGACAUUUUUCAUUGGCAUCUGAUUGUUUUUCAUUCUAAAAUUUACCUGUGAUGAACUGAUUAAAGCUUUAUGUUAAUAAAUGUUAAAAAUCAAUCUUUAUUUUUUUAUAUACAAAAAAAUUAUUCUCAUAGCUACUUGAUUUCCUGUUCUCAGAUUUAUUUUGUGAUUUAGCAAUUCUCUUCCCACAUCCUUGAUAAAAUAAUAUUCUCAAAAUUUAUUUUUUAAAGUUUAACUUUUAUAGUUUAUGUGUAACCAUUGAUAAAUAUGAACCUUUUGAAUUGACAUGUUCUUUAAAUUUAUGAACUGAUACUUUUUUCACUGGAAAGUUAUAAUACAUUAUUAAACAAACAUCACCUAAAAUCAAGCAACUUAAAAAAAAAAUUAACAUUUUGAUUUAUUUGUAAAGAAACUGGUGAUUCUUGUACAGUUUCUCUUUUACGACCUGCAGGAAUUCAAAUUUAAAAGCAUAAUAAAAUGUUUUAAUCUUUCAGUAGACUCGAGAGUUAGAAAAAGCAAAGUUUAUCUCAAAUGAAAAAUUCUUUGACUCUUUAGGUGUCAUAAUUACUGUACCUGUGAAAACAUUAAACCAAUAAUGUGCAAUUAUCGUGAUACUCAUGGUUGAAUAUUGAAAGUCAUAAAUGAAAAUUAAUCACUUCCUUGCUAGGCAAGUAUAUUUGUGAUAUUUUGGCGAUUCACUUGUUAUGUUUAAGAUUUUACUUUAAUUUUUUUUUUAGUGUAUUUAAUUUUUGUUAUCUUAGUUUUAUGAUUGAAACAGAUGAAUUUAGUGACAAUUUUAGAAAACAUAAAAUUUUAAUGAAAUGAUAAUUACUAGAGAAUAUAAAUAUAUUUUAUUGUUGUAAAUUACUUAAAUUAUCAUCACAACCAUCUGUGAGUCGGAUGCCUUUAUAUAAUCAUUUCAUAUUCUAAUGUUCCAGCUUUAUCUUUAAAAAUGCUUUUAAGUAUCCAUGUGACAAAGUUAUGCAUUUAUCUGGUCAAAAUCUUAUGAAUCCUUUUUCCAAAGUUAUUCCAAUAUCGAGUUAAUUGUAAUGCUACUAAGAAUUAUUUCAGUUUGCUUUCUAUUUUAUUCAUUUUAUUACUACUAUUCUGUUCAUAUAAUUAAAACUGUUUAAUAUUGUUGGUAUUUGCAGUAUUAACUGCUUAAAAUUGCUAUCAAAAUAUUAAUGUAAAAACACUUCUUAAAACAAUUUUUAAUUCAUGAAGAAAGUUAUGAUGUAGACAAGGUUCGUUGAUUAUUCAUAUUUAGUUUGAUAACAAAUUGAAUAAAAAAAAAAAAAAAAAAGAGCUGAACAGUAAAAUCUCUUUUCAAUUUUUAUGAGAUCAACACAAUUCUGAAUAAAAUUAUCUUGAGAAAAUAUUGUAAUUGUAAUUUUUUAUUUUUUUUUUUAUUAAACCAAAAACAUAUCAUAAUACAAAUUUGGAGGAUGAAGCAUUAAGCUGUCCUCAUGACGCCCAAGAGUCAUUAUAUGGUUGUGAUUGAGAAAAUUACUAGUUCUGCUCUUUUAGCCCUCUGUUGCAUGUUUUACAAAUCAAUUUGUCCACUUUAAAUAAUUUAAUAAGUUUAUUAAUAUAAUUUAAGAAAAUAAUAAGCUCAAUAUCGUUUACUACUAGAGGGGUGAAUACUUUGUUUAUUAUUUAUGCAUUUCACAACCUUAAUUAUAAUGAUUGACAAUCAAACACAAAACUUAAAAAACAAAAAUGAACUUUGGUCUGGUGCAUAAGGUUCUGAUUCCAGAUAAAUUUAAAAUACUAAAUACAAACAAAAUGGUGUUCAUUUAUGUAAUGAUUGUCACAGCUAUGCUUUUUAUUAUAUAUACAUCUAUAAAUGACUUUAAAUGAGUCAUAGAAAAUAGAUAACACCAUCGUUCCAAUAUCUACUUCUGUGUUUUUUCCUUUAUUUAGUAACAAGUUUAAUUUUUUUAAAAUGUUUUGUUUACACUCUUGUUCCUACUUUAUUUCUUAACUUUUCUUUUUAAGUUUAAUCAUUUUUAUUUUGGUUAGAAAAAUUUAGGAUGAUAAACAUAUGUUAUUUUCUUCAAGCAAAUAAUUAAUUGAAGUGAUUUGAUCAAUUAUAAUUAUUUAUCAUUUAAAUGUUAUAUCAGUUUCAGGGAUCAGCAUUUUGACAAAAAUGCAUUUAGUUUUUUCAGUUAUUACAUGAUUUGUAGUGAAUUCUGCAAAUAAUAUUUCAAAAUAUUAAUUAAAAUAGCUGUAUGCUAUAAAUCAGUUUUAAGAUUUAGCUGUCACAUAAGUUUAUUGUAGUUUUUAUAUCUUAAUAUGUGAAUUUUAUUGUUUUGUAUUUAUUUGCAAUUUCUAAGCCUCUGUUUUUGGUGUUAUAAUGAUGAUGAAUACAUCUCUGAAAAAAACAAAUUAAAAAAAAAAAACUGUUUAACUACAAAGUUGUAACAUCAUAGUACAAAUGUUCAACUUCACCUAAAAGUAAGUCAUUAUUAAGCUUUUAAAAUAAGCCCCAUGUCUAAAGUAAUGCCUUAUUCUGACUGAUAUGUGUAAUAAAUAAUGAAUUUGUAUAUUCUAAUAUAUUGGUACUCUUUUUAAUAUUAAUAAGAAUCAAAGGUAAUGAAUUGUAUAUCUUAAAGAGUCAAAGGGUGAUGGUCUUAAAAGCCCCUGGAAUAAUCAAUAAAGGAUGAAACAAUAAUCAAUUAAUCAAUAUAGAAUUAGGCUUGUAGACAAUACCAAUACAUAUAUAUAUAUAUAAACAUAAAUAUAUUUUAUAUAAACAAUGAUAUAAGUGAGAUUAUUAAUAUAUAGAUAUAGAUUUAUAGAUGGAUCAUGGAAGUGUAGCUUCGACAGAAAAGCUUUGGUUAAAUCAGAGGGUUUUAAAAAAAAUUAUUUUUAAAAGUUUAUAUUUAUAUAAUAGUUUUGUCCCUUGUAGAUAGUUCAUAUUGAUGUACAUAACAUAAUGGGGUGUGUCAAUUUUCAUUUAUUUAUCAAAAAUAUCAAAUAUAUUUAUUUAUUAUACAAGUAAGUAUGUCCAAUAAGAGGAAUAUGGUCUGAAAAUGACUUGUGGAGAACAAUAAUUUUUGUGUUUGUUUAAUAAAAAUAAAAACUAUUUCCUGACUUUUUAAAGAUAAAUUGAAACUGUUAAAUAAAAAAUAAAAGUAACAAUAACAAACAUGCAAAUAAUAAUUGUCAAAAUGUUAAAUAUUACUUCAUAUGUUUUUUUUUGUAAAUGUUUGUUUAUACUAAUUCUCUUCAUAUUGAAGCUCAAAAUUAAUUUUAUUUACAUGAUAAAUUUUAUUUUUUUUUUUUAUUGAUUUAUAUAUGAAUGCUAAACAUGUCAGAUUGAAGUAGCAAAACCUGAACUUGUUCGAUAUAGUAGGCCCUGAAUCACAGAGAUGGAAAUAAUGCUUUAAGUUAUGAGGCAUGGUAUUGCUAAUGAGAGAUAUAGAAAUAGACCAGGCAUAGAUGGAAAGUAGGAUUUUAGCCUGAUGACAGUAAUUAAGUUUACCGAGAGGAAUAGAAUAAAUAAAAAGGUUCACCUGCUAGCAAAAUAAGAAUAGAGCAUUGGAUUCCCUAAGCCACUUUUCUUUAUAAAAACACAAAUGUGGUUACAUUCCUACUUAUGCUAUGGUUUAUUGUAGGGUAUUAGGAGCUGUGAAGCACAACAGAAAAGACUUUAUAAUUUGUGAUUUAAUGGAUAAUAGUUUAAUAGAUAUUUAAUGUAUUAAUUUUUUCUGAUUGAUGUCAUCCCUUUAUUUAAUUGUAAAAAUAUAUUUUAUUUUAAUUCAACAGAUGUAUUAUAAGUUGGAGUCUUCCAUCAUUUAGUUGUUUUUUUAAAGUCAAAAUCCUCUGAUUUAACCAAAGUAUAGUCUGCUUAGAGCUGUAAAUUUCAUAUUGCUUUGCAUUUCAGUUUUUCACUCUUUUUUUGUUCUGUUUAUUCUACAAUAUAUAUAUUUAUGAAGUUCUUUUAGAGGUUCCCUUACCUUAACUGACAGUAUUUGUUUAUUGCUACUAUUUUUUAGCAUUUUUUUAAUAUUUGGAGGAUUGUUUUUCCAUUUUGUGAUUUCUUUUGCUCUCUAUAUGAGUUGUUUUUAAUGCAUUUUCUUGUAUUUUUUUGGAACUAGUCAUUCAACAGGAGUAAUAAUAAAAGUAUUUGUGGUAUCUUAAAAAAAAAAGAAAAGAAAAAAAUAUAUAAACAUGGAAAAAUUAAUUUGUGAUUGCAUUAGUUUUGCUUUUUGUUUAUUACAUAAAAUAUACCUUAUUAAAAAGUUAUAAGUUGGUCAGUUAAGAGAGAUAGAUUGACAUUCUAUGUUUUAACUGUGUUAAUUAAAUUUUAUUUAUUUAUCUUUAUGGUGAUUUAUUUUCACCUCUAUCUCUUUUAACAAUUAUAAAACUGCAAAAUGUAUAAUAUUUUUUCAUGUACAGUUGAAUCAAGUUGUGAAAUAAACAAUUGUAAUUUUAAUUCGGAAAUUAUAAUUUUAGUCUAAAAUCCACUACCUAACAGGCACUAGGAUCAUUUUGGAAUUCAUCUUAUUAAAAAAAUUAAUAAUUUUAAUAUCAACCCUCAUUGCUGUUUAAUUCAAGUAUUAUAUUUUUUUAUUUACUUAUUCCUUCAGCCCAAAGCAAGGUGUUUAUAACACACACCUUAAAUAUUAUUUAUACAUAUUUUGUGAAGUAUAUUUUGAAUAUAUAACUCACAGAAUGUUAUUUUAUUUUAAUUCUUUGUAUUAAGUGUGCUUUUGAGAUAUGGUUUACUUGUCUUCCAGGCCUUUUAUAUUUCCACUGUACUGAUUUUUAAAUUGAUACAAAGUUAUUUAUUUGUGUUUAAUGUUUAUGUUACUAUUUUUAUUUAUUUUAAACGGCUUUUAAUUUUGUUAGCUUUUCAUAGAUUUUAAAAAAAAACAAUUAAAAUAUAGUUAAUUUUAUUCCAAACAUUUUUGAGUGGCAAUUUUACUUUUAGUUAAUUACUUAUCUUGUUUAGUACAUAUGUGCCAUGCUUGAAAUUAUUGCAUAAUUAAUUUUUUAAAUUAGAUUCAUUGCAGGUAUAAAUUAAAAUUUUAAUGUUUUAAUUUUACAAUGGAUAUUUUUCUGUUAACUAUAAUACAAUACUCUAAAACAUUUUUAUUCUAAGUAUAUUUAAAAAAUAUUAAUAGACAAAAUAAAAGGAAUAUUCCUGUUGAUAUUUAAUUCAAUGGAGUAAUCACAUCAUUAUUUUGUUGUUACUUUUUUAUUAAAUUCAAUUUAAAUAUUUUUGUCCCUUAUUCCUGUGAAGAUGAGAUUAUUUCUGUUAAUAAUUUAUACCAUUUGCUCAAUAUCCUUUUGCCUUGCAGGUUGUGAAUUAAUUAUGUAAAUAAUUCGAAUUAAAUGAUUUUAUUAUUUUUUAAUUGAAUGUUUUUUUUAUUUAAUUAUUAACACAUUUGAAAUAUUUGGUGCUAAUGGAUAAUAAAAUUGUUGAAAACUG